AUGGAAGAAAAUACAACAAAUGAAGAUGGAGCAACUACAUAUAAACACAUGAGUGCAGAUCAAAAGAGAAUUGUUUUUGAGUUUCUCCAGCAAAAUUCUAGGAAUAUGAAAGUGAAAAAGGGUUUCAAAAAAAUUGCAGCCACCAAAUUCUCAAUUUCAGCUCGCACCAUUACAAGAAUAUGGUUACUUGGUAAGCAAAACAUUGCUAAUGGUAUUGAUUUUAGUGGUAAGUCAUUUGGUCAUGCAGGAAGAAAGAGGGUAGAAAUUGAUGUCAACAUGGUGAAAGAAGUACCUUUCAACAGAAGAACAAAUAUCCGGUCACUGGCAUGUGCCAUUCAUUUAUCAAAGUCUACUCUUCAUCGGCGCAUCCGAGAGGGACAUCUUCGCCCACAUACAAAUUCAAUAAAGCCAUAUUUGACGGAGGAGAACAAGAGAGCACGUCUAAGGUUUUGUUUAUCUAUGAUCACUCAUGAUAUGAAUUUAAACAUUUCCUUAUUUUCAAGCAUGUUAAACUCUAUUCACAUAGAUGAAAAAUGGUUUACCAUGACAAAAAAAAACCAGAGGUACUAUAUUCUUCCCGAUGAGAACCCACCCUUACGUACAUGUAAAAGUUCUAAUUUUAUUGAUAAAAUCAUGUUUUUAUGUGUGGUUGCACGUCCUAGAUUUGACACUUUGAGGAACACCAUGUUUGAGGGAAAAAUUGGUAUAUUUCCCUUCAUUACAAAAGAACCUGCCAAGAGAAAAAGCAAGAAUAGGCCUGCUGGUACUUUAGAAACUAAACCAAUAAACCCAAUAACCAAGGAUGUGACAAGGAAAAUGAUGAUAGAUAAAGUGCUUCCAGCAAUUGAAUCUAUGUGGCCAGGAGGAAAUUCAGGUGGUAUAAUCUUUGUCCAGCAAGAUAAUGCAAAACCCCACAUUAGUGUAGAUGAUCCUGAAUUUGUGGAAGCUGCUAAAAGGAAUGGUUUUGAUAUACGAUUGUGCUUUCAACCUCCUAAUAGCCCAGACCUAAAUGUGCUGGACUUGGGAUUUUUUAGAGCAAUACAAACUUUACAGCAUGAACAGGCACCCAAAAGUAUAGAUGAACUUGUUGCGGCAGUUGAAAAAUCUUUUGUUGAGCUACAUCAUGAUAAGCUCAACAAGAUUUUUUUGACGUUACAACUAAACAUGAUCGAGAUAAUGAAGAAGGCAGGAGGUAACAACUAUAAACAGCCUCACUUUGACGACAAUCAGUGCCCUAAUGGAAGCAUUCCCCUCCAGUUAUCUUGUGAUGAGGAGCUUAUCAACUCUGUUCAUAAUCACUUGUCUCAUUCUAGUUAG